AGAAAUCGUGACUUUAAAUUUAAUUAUUAGGAUAUUAAAGUGAAAUCACUUAAGUGGUGAACGAAAAGGCUAGUUUACAGAGAUAUGUGAUCUGUAAUUUGCCGACCCUCGAUGAAAAUAUGUGAUUUUUCCGCAUAAAUGAGCGUGAAAUCGUUGAUAAUGUCACAGUGUCAUCAAGAACCCUCAGCUCUAAGAAGAAGACUCUACUCUAGAAUAAUAUGGCUGCCGAACCUGUAAGAAAGCAGCGCUACAUUUAUAUCGCACCAACACCGCCAGUCGAGAUGAUUGACUCUAGCAGUUACACUAUUGCGUUCAGCGACAGAAAAUUUUUGCAAGUGGGCCUGAAUCCGAAGGAUGACUUCAAUGUUACGGUAUGCAUUAUUACUCCUUCACGAUAUAUUAGUAUGUCAGCAGAUUAUUUAAAUAUUAUUUACGGCAUGAGGGAUGAAAUAACAUUAUUUCUACAAUCACCUCCGGUAAAAGGAGAGAACAUUAUGUUAUACCAAAAUGUCGAUUUUAAUAUAACCAAAGUAUUGUACCGUGAUACCAUGCAUUUAGUAUUAGAAUCCAGAAUAGUGGAUGGGUGUCGAGUGUUAUUGAAUAACGAAAACAUUAAUAGACUUAUGGACUUACAGUGUACUAUUAACAGUGCAAUAUCAAGAAAAAUAAAAACACGUUUACUAUUAAGCCAUCAAAUAGACCGCAUUAUACAAUACGCCGACGGUAAAUGGUCGGGCCCUAAAAUUCAACAAUCAAACAAUGAUGAAAUGGUUAAUUUUAUAAGAAGUUUGAACGAAAUAGAAAUAGGUGACAGUAAUUACAUAAGCGAGCUGAAAAAUUUAGCAUACAAUGUAAUAGUUGAUCGAUGGGUCAAGUCAUGGUCCGAGGGCACGCUUCAAAUUAAUGAAAAAGAAGAAAUGUAUGACGAAAAUGACGGUCCGGCAUUUUUCGAUACAACAGUGUUUACCCAAGAAAAUAGUUAUAGUCCAUGGGCUUCACAAUGGCCGAAACCCAAUCACGUCAGAAAAUUAACUUAUAUUAAUAAUUUAUAAACAAUAACUUUAUAUAUUGUACUAGUUUCA